AUGACCAAGUUUGAAACUCAACUUCGACAAACAAAAGCGCUCAUCAAGUCAGCCAUUAUAUUGAGUAGAGCCCCGAUCAGGUUUAUCAUCUUGGGUAACGACGACACCGUACUGCAUGCUUUAGAGGCGUUCGUGUCUGAGUGGCCGCCUCACCUCAGAAGUCGUCUCACUCUGAGCUACCGCCCAGUCUUCAUACCAGAAGGCUGGCACCUGAUGGACCUCUACGAGAAAUGCGCCACGGAGAAACUGUUCCUGCCGUGGGUGUUGCCUGAGUUUGACGCGGUGGUGUACAUGGACACAGACCAAGUGUUCAUGAGGCCUCCUGAACACCUGACUGAACACUUCAAGUAUUUUGAUAAGAAGCAGGUGCUUGGAGUGGCGCCUGUCGAUGGAUUUUACAUGCAGUUUAAUACUAAGGCAAGAAACAACGAAUUAUGGAACCAUCAAUAA